AUGCACUCAAGCGCUAUAGUUUCACCGCCUAUGCGACGCGUCCGACCUACCCGUGAGCAGAGACAUAGGAUACGGCAACAUUUACUCAACACAUAUGACAGGUUGAGAGACCACCCUCUUAACUUUGUUAUAGAUGAAUAUGAACCGAGAGGUCGAUUUUUUAACUUUGAUCACUUGCCAUCAUUUACGUGGAGCGCGUGGUGGCGUGGCAAAGGGAUUCCCCACGAAGUAUCUAGACCUCCUGUCAACGACCCAGGAUUCAAUGAGGGUGUUCUCGACAUAAGUCAGCCAUGGAUCCCCUUUAAAAGGUGGAUGAUGGAAAUUGCACGAACUUGGACGCGGCCAUGGCCAAGAGACCUUGAAUUAGAUCCAGAACUGUUUGGGAAUAAUAUCGCCGACUAUCACUGUACUCAAAUUAACUUCUUUAGAGUUAUGAGAUACCGGCUUUCUGUGCACAAAUCAUAUGCCUAUUGGACGGAAUUUGCACGAAAGCAUCAGUAUAGAUCUCUAACGGAAACCUUUGAAUUCUUAGACGGCCGCCAGGGUGAAGAGGUCGAAUUUGACCCGGCUUUAGCUGAAACAGCCCGCAUGAAUCAUCGGCAGUCGUUAAUAAUGCUCACCUUAGUAGGUCUGAAUAACUAUAACGUCGAAGAUGAGACACUCAAUAAUGCGGGAGUUGAUGAAUUAAGGUAUUUCAUACGAUCGCCCGUUGUCAUGGACGCCUGGCGCGAAUUUCAUAAUGACUAUUUACAGUAUCAUCCCGAUACACGAAAUCCCGUAUGGAGCACAUUACAACCUGCAUUGGAAAAUAGGGAGAUCCAGACCAUAAGAAGAAGGUAUUAUUUGUCAAUUGACCCUGACAAAAACAACUGGACUCUUAUGGACCAUGCCGUACGAUUUAUAAUGAGGGUAUACUAUUACGGCUUGCAGAUGUGUGAGGCUAGGGAACGUGAACACCUCGAGGAAGUUCACUGGCCAUGGGAGCAGUAUUUCUACAGCGAAACGUUCGGUAUUGAUAUGGAAGAUCGACACUGGUUUGGGUUCUCCUUGUUGAUGCUCCUCGUUUCUUCUUGGCAAUAUAACCGUAUAUAUCCUCACCCAGAAUAUGCCCGAAUCCUUGUACCGGCAUUAUAUGCUGGCUAUCAACCACAAGAUUGGGAUUUUAUCGAAGGCGACGCCGGUAUGGUCGACCUAUCCCCUACUUCACCGUGGAAAUGUGAAAAUGAUGUUAGAUCAAAAUUCGAUUUCAGCAGAGCUUAUUUGUGUGGCUUCAUUGGUAGCUGGGAAGGAGGCCGAUUAUAUGACAGCGAAAGUGACACCCCGAUUGAUAAUGAUGGUUAUCGUGUCCGCGGAAACCGACCCAAAAUCACCCGGAAUUAUGACCAGUAUUUGUCUGACUAG